AUGGUAGAAUCACCUAGCGAAAAACGGGCACGGAAAAUAUUGGAGGAUACCACGGUUCGGACCGAGUCGGGAAAGUUUCAAACAGGGCUGUUGUGGAGGUACGACUUGGUGGAGUUUCCGGACAGCAAACCAAUGGCGGAGCGGAGGUUGCAGUGCCUUGAAAGACGACUAUCAAAGGACCCAACGUUGUACGACAAGGUGAGGGAACAAAUUGAUGACUAUCUGUCCAAGGGUUACACCCAUAAAGCAACAGAACGGGAGUUGAAAGAGACCGUGCAAAAUCAGACAUGGUAUCUACCAUUGGGUGUAGUAGUAAACCCUAAAAAGCCGGAAAAGGUUCGAGUAGUCUGGGACGCUGCAGCAACGGUAAAAGGAGUUUCGCUGAAUUCCGUUCUGCUGAAAGGACCGGAUCUUCUACAGUCCUUACCAACGGUACUUUGUCGAUUUAGACAGAGGGAGGUGGCCAUCAAUGCGGAUAUCAAGGAGAUGUUCCACCAAGUGAUUAUCAGACCGGAGGAUCGUCAGGCACAACGAUUUCUGUGGCGGAACAAUCCGUCGGAGCAAACGGAAGUGUUUGUUAUGGACGUCGCCAUAUUUGGAGCUACGUGCUCCCCAAGUUCUGCGCAGUUUGCGAAGAAUAGAAAUGCGGUUGAAUUGUCCAGAGAGUUUCCUCGAGCUGCAACCGCGGUUUUGGAGAACCACUAUGUGGACGACUAUCUCGAUAGUGUCGAUAGCGUCUACGAAGCAGUGGAGCUUGCAAGAGAAGUCAAAACGUUACAUCAAUACGCCGGGUUUGAACUCCGACACUGGUUGUCCAAUAGUGUGGAUGUGUUGGAGCAAAUCGGAGAAAAACCGUCAGAAACUCCGAAAAAUUUCGUGAUGGGCAAGGACGUUGGGACUGAGAGAGUGUUGGGGUUAAGUUGGUUGCCGCAGAAAGACAUCUUUACGUUCGCAAUACAGUUCCGCGAAAACCUGAAGAGAUUGCUGGACGGGAAUACGUAUCCCACCAAAAGAGAGCCGUUGAGCCUGGUCAUGAGUAUUUUCGACCCUCUUGGAUUGGUAGCUAACUUUGUGAUACACGGAAAAAAUCUUGUCCAAGAAGUUUGGAGAUCCGGCAGCACUUGGGACGACAAUAUUCCAGAGUUACUGUUUGCGUCGUGGAGUCUUUGGGUACGGGCACUACACAGCCUGGAGCAAGUACGAACACAAAGAUGUUAUUUUCCCGGAUAUGAUCCAGAAGCCUUGGAAACACUAGAAUUGCACGUUUUUGUAGAUGCAACCUGGCUCAGAGCGGAUCAACGAAGGUUCCACCAGUUUGUGGCGUUCAGGGUAGGAGAGAUUUUGGAAUCCACCGACGUAAACGAUUGGAGGAAAGUACCCUCAAAAUGGAAUGUUUCCGACGAAGCAACAAAAUGGGGUAAUGGUCCAGAUGCCUCUGAAGAAUCCCGGUGGCUUCGUGGACCAUCGUUUCUCUACCAAGAUGAAGCAGAAUGGCCAGGUCAUAAGGAAGAAGAAUGGAGCACAGCGGAAGAAUUGCGGAAUAUAAUAACGAUCCAUCGAUGCAGCGUAACCGGAACGGUGCAGUUUGAGCGCUUUUCCAAAUGGGAACGAUUGGGGCAAGCCAUGGGAUAUGUUCAACGAUUCCUGAAUAACUGUCUUGGAAAGAGAAACAACUUGCCGUGUUUGACUACAAAUAAUCUUUGCAGUAAAGAGUUGCAGGAAGCAGAGAUUAUGGUGUUGAAAUUGGUUCAACUUGAGGUCUACCCGCAAGAAUUUGCUGUGCUUGAAGCGCUGCAGAAAGAUUCGUCGCAUCAUCCGAAACAAAUCGAGAAGAAAAGCCGUAUCUACAAAUUGGAUCCUUUCAUCGGAGCAGAUGGAUUGAUCCGCAAGGACGGGCGAAUUGGUGCAGCUCCCGCAGUAGCAGAUGACGCAAAAUUUCCGGUGAAAGUACCGAAAGACCACUACGUUACAAUGCUGAUUAUCGACGGAUAUCACCGAAAGUUUGCACACGCAAACAAUGAAACCAUCGUGAAUGAGCUCAGGCAACGAUUCCAUGUGUCGGAGAUAAGAGUAGCUGUGGGGAAAGUAGCGAAGUCCUGUACAUUGUGUAAGGUACGCAAAGCAGUUCCACGACCACCUCGGAUGAGCCCUCUCCCGGAAGCACGUUUAACUCCCUAUAUCAGGGCGUUCACUUUUACCGGGUUGGACUACUUCGGUCCCGUAACUGUACGGGUAGGACGCACGAACGUGAAGAGAUGGGCAGCAUUAUUUACCUGCCUCACAACAAGGGCAGUUCACCUUGAGGUAGCCUUUACGUUGUCGACCGAAUCAUGCAAACUUGCCAUUCGUCGGUUUAUAGCUCGCCGUGGUGCACCGUUGGAGAUAUACUCUGAUCAAGGACUAAAUUUCCAAGGAGCAAGGAAGGAGUUGCGCGAAGAAAUUCGAAAGCUGAAUCAAGAGUUGGCUUCAACCUUCACAAACGCAGCCACACAGUGGAAGAUGAAUCCGCCUUAUGCUCCUCAUAUGGGAGAGAGUGAAGCGCUCACACCUAACCAUUUCCUGAUGCUUCUUAGCUCGAAUGGAGUAUGCCAGCCAAUCGCUAAUCCGGUCGAAGUGAAGUCAACGCUUUGUGCCAACUGGAACCUUGUGCGCGUAAUGCUGGACCGGUUUUGGACAAGAUGGGCUACCGAGUAUCUACCGGCCAUUGCAAGGCAGUCGAAGUGGUUCGGUGAAACUAAGCCCGUACGAGUUGGAGAUUUGCUUAUAGAGGUGGAUGAGGCAGGAAGGAUCAGCUGGGAACGAGCAGUAGUUGUGAAGGUGAACCUUAGAAAAGACGGGCGCAUACGGAGCGCAGAUGUGAAAUCGAAGGCAGGCAUAUUUCUUCGUCCAGUAACUAAGCUGACGGUCUUGGACGUGCUAGAUGAAGAUUGUAUGGCUGAAGACAGAACUUCAAGCAAUACGGGCUCGGAAUGUCGCAACGAUUCAAGACCUCGCCAUCGGCUAAAACCGUUUAGCUCAUCCCUGAAAUCAACCGGGCGAAUGAUAAACUGA